AGGGGACAUGGUCAGAGAACGAUGAUGAGCUGGGUGAGAUAUGAGACCUUCCUCACUGCCAGCUUCCUUGUAAUGCUUCUCCAUCUUCUUCUCCCGGUGUGCUGCUUCAACGAGUCGCCACUAUCCCGUUCUGAGGGGAUGCUGGUGGAAGAGAAGGCCCGGCUGGGGUCGGCGCCGCCCAACUGCCACAACCGGUGCAACGAGUGCACCCCAUGCACGGCGGUGCCGGAUCCGACUGCGCCGAAACGGCCCAGCCGGGUUGAGCCCUUGUUGGAUGACUCGUUCGCCGAGGACAAGCACUCCAAUUACAAGCCACUGGGGUGGAAAUGCCGGUGUGGUGACAACCUAUACAACCCUUAGGAGAAGACGUCUCUUCCACGGAUGAUGAAUUCCGUGUGCUAUCUCCUCUCUAUGGUGAAUUGGCGAGAAAUCUUCCCAUUCUUCUCCAUGGA